GACUACUUAGUAAGGGAGGAGGAAAUGUAUGGCAAUUUAAGGUCGGAUCGGGAAAGAAUUCAGUAUUUGAGAAACCGUAUUAUAUUAAAGGUUUGAUCGAAAAUAUUGUCAAUUAGAACUUAAAUCAAUAAACAAUAUUAUCGUAUGAAGCAGUUAAAUUUCAGUUAAACUAAAAUUUCACCAAAAAUACAUUUUCGGUUUUACGAUAUUAAAGAAGCCAUCGGAGCAGGAAAGCGGCGGCGGCGAUUCCUCUGCCCGGCGGCGGACAGAGAGCACGCUGGAUUAGACUUCCUUGACGGGAGAGGACAGCCCGGUAUUCUUGCAAGCCCAAUGGGCUGAAGAAGAGCCCAAUAAGAAACGCAUUUUGUCCAAGGAGCUGAAGAGCACAAGUUGGGCCCAACAGCUUCAAGCAUCAGCAAUACGACGUCGAUUCUAUCUCCAACCGACCCUUUGAAGUUCUAGUGCCUCCUUUGCCAUCGAUCGUCUAGCAUUAGGGUUGUAUCUUUCGCGGCGGCGCUAAAUCCCACACAAAGCCGGCCAACCAAGUUCCGAGAGAGAAGUAGAAGAGAGAAAAAUGGGUGGCAAGUGUCCCAGCAGGAAGGUGAAGAAGAGAAGGUUCUCUCACAAGCAGGCUCGCCGCACCAAAUUCGAACUCAUGGGGGACGACGCGGUCUACGACCAGUUGCAGAAGCCCGACGGCGUUAGGAAACCGAUGCCCUUCGACGAGGAUUUGCCCGGCAUGGGCCAGCACUACUGCUUGCACUGCGACCGAUUCUUCGCAAACGUGACUGUGAGAGACGAGCAUUUCAAGACCAAGAAGCAUAGGAGACGGGUGAAGAUGUUGAAUGGACCUAAACCUCACACUCAACUUGAUGCCGAGUUAGCAGGUGGGAUGGGGAUGCCAGACAACGGCCCGAAGCUUAUGUCAAUGUGAACCUAAAAGAUUUAGUUCCUUCUCUUUACCUCGCAGCUUCCCUUUCUGUAGGAUUCGUUUUGAGUUAGCAACUUAAAAGGUCAUCUCUUAACUUGUGUGACACUGCCCUAUAGUGUUUCUCCUGCUACUGCAUCAAUACAAAUGGCAAUUAGCUACCAUUCUAAGUACCAAGUCAAUUGCGAAUCGACUACCUUCGCCUCGCCUCUUGCAAUUGCAUGCUUGUUUCCUUCAUGUUGCCUUAUUCAUGGUUGUAUCAAUGUCGUUGUCUUGUUCUGUAUUCAAUUCAAUUGAAUGGUGUGGUUUAGCCCCUGUGUCUUCUCUGCCAGCUACAGUUGUUUUGUUGUUCAUGAUUCAACAAUCCCUGGAGAACUUGAUGUAAAACAAUCAUAUCUCCCUCCUUAUCAUGCCUGCGUGAGCCUGCCUAUUAUCGGGCUGAAGCCUGUGGUCGCAAGAACUGCUGAAACAGGAAUACAGGGUGGACCAUCUCCCUUGUCCUAAUCAAUGGCUCCUGACCUCCAUGGUGGAACACUAAACAAUCAUGAGAUGC